AUGUUUGGAGGAUCUUCGACUGGAUUUGGAGGAUUUGGAUCUAAUUCAACAACAACCAAUUCGCCUUUCGGCGGAGUUGGUGCUUCAUCGACCAAUACUGGAACAUCACCAUUUGGUGCUUCAAACACAUCAACAAGUGGGGGUAUCUUUGGUAAUGCAGGCAAUUCUUCUACAGGUUUUGGUAAUACUAGUGCAUUUGGAUCUAAUACCAAUACCAAUACCACUCUGGCGUUUGGAAGUAACACUGGUGGUGGCCUUUUUGGAUCGUCUAAUAACAAUGCAUCAUCAUCACCAUUUGGCCAACAAAAUCAACAACAACAACAAAAUUCUGCAUUUGGUACAGCAAACAAUACCACAUCAGCAUUUGGAUCAUCCAAUACCGGUGGUGGCUUAUUUGGAAGUAAACCAGCAACUUCUACUUUUGGAGGAUUUGGUGCAGCUGGAGGAAAUACUUCAUCACCUUUUGGUGCAUCAACCACAAACGCCUUUGGUGGAAGUGCAGCAUCUGAUCCAAAUACCAACAAUGGUACUGCUGUAAAACCAUUCAGUGCUUAUACUGAAAAGGAUUCUGCUAAUAUGACCAAUAUUUUCCAAAACAUUUGUUGUAUGCCAGAAUAUAAAAAUUUUUCUUUUGAAGAAUUGAGAUUGAAAGAUUAUGAACAAGGAAGAAGAUUCCCACCUGCCGGUGCUAAUGCUAGUACUGGAUUUGGUAAUACAGCCGGUGCUUCUACUGGAGGAUUUGGAUUUGGUUCAUCAGGAAACACUGGUUUUGGUGGAACUUCAGGAACCUCGCCAUUUGGAGGGGCUUCCAAUACCGCUGGUGGUUCUGCAUUUGGCUCUGCAUUUGGUAGUAAACCAGCUGGUGCUUCACCAUUUGGUGGUGCUUCAACUACUACUGGUGGUGCAUUUGGGGCUAAUAACCAAAAUCAAUCACCAUUUGGUUCAAGUAACACUGGAAAUGCUUUUGGUGGAGGUGCGACCAGCACUUUUGGUAGCUCAGGUACUAGUGCGUUUGGUAAACCUUCCACUGGUUUUGGUGCUUCAACAGGAGGGGCAUUUGGAUCAUCUAACACCGGUGGUGGAUUAUUUGGUAGUGGAGGGGGCAAUACAACCGGUGGUGCCUUUGGACAACAAUCUUCUGGAUUUGGCGCUGGUAACAAUAACAAUUCCCCAUUUGGACAAAGCAAUACUGGUGCAUUUGGUGCUGCUAACAAUAAUUCACCAUUUGGUCAACAAAAUCAACAACAGCAACAAAGUGGUGGUGGGUUAUUUGGAGGUUCAGGUGGUAAUACCGCAUUUGGAUCUAAUACUGGUGGAUCUGCAUUUGGAGGUGGUACCGGAUUUGGAUCAGGUACAAGUACAUUUGGACAACAGAACAAUACUGCAUUUGGUGCUAAUAAACCAGCAACAGGGUUUGGUUCAACUACAUCAGGGGGUUUAUUUGGUCAACAAAGUGGUGCCUCAAAUACUGGUGGUUUAUUUGGACAACAAAAUCAAAAUCAAAAUCAACAGCAACAAGGUGGGGGAUUAUUUGGUGCUAAACCAACAGGAACCUCGAUGUUUGGCCAAAGCAAUGCCAAUACAGGAGGUAUUUUUGGUCAACAAAACCAACAACAACCACAACAAAGUGGAGGAUUAUUCGGUAGCAAACCUGCUACAGGAGGAUUAUUUGGAGGCCAACAGGCUAAUCAACAACAAUCAGGAGGAUUAUUUGGUCAACAAAAUCAACAACAACAACAAGCUGGAGGGGGUUUGUUUGGAGCUAAACCAGCUACAGGUGGUGCUACAGGUGGGGGUUUAUUUGGAGCCAAACCAGCCACUGGAGGUUUGUUUGGGGGACAACAAAACCAACAACAGCCACAACAAGGUGGUGGGUUGUUUGGAGCUAAACCAGCAACUACUUUAGGUGGAGGUACAACUAGCGGUGGAUUGUUUGGUAAUACCCAGCAACAAUCUACAACCGGUGGUGGAUUAUUUGGAGGUGGUGCAUCAUCUACCUUAGGAGGAUCUUCUACUACUGGAGGUGGGUUAUUUGGUGCUAAACCUGCUACAACUUUUGGAAGUGGUGGUGCUACAGGAGGUGGUUUAUUUGGAGGUGCUACUACAUUACAACAACCUCAACAAGUACAACAAACAUUGGCCAAUAUUAAUUCUCAAAACCCAUACGGUAACAAUCCGCUUUUCCAAUCAAUUACUGGCGGCUCAACACAAGCACAACAAACCAACAAUGUCCCACAAGCUAAAUUAAUUAGAGCAGCUACACCAGUAAAGAAGUCUGUUACAUUGGGUAGCACAUCACAAAAGAUCACCCCAUUAUUCAAGGUUAGUGCAUUACCAUCAAAGAAGCCCAUCGAAACAGUUCAAGAUGAAGUUUUUAAGAAGAAAACAGAUAGUUUAUUUUCUAGUGCUACUGACCAAGCCAUUAUCAGCAGUGAAAUUUUCAAACCAAAGGAAAGUUUUAAGAAUUUGGUAUUGGAUAAAUCCAAUGCUCCUACUGGGUUAUUGCCAAACCAACCAUAUAGUCCAAGUAAACCAGUUACUUUUGUUUUAGAUAAAUCAGAAAGACCAGAAAUUGCAUUGUCAUCUACUCCUGAAGCAGUUUCUAGAGAAGAGAAGGAAAUUAUUAAAGAACAAACUCCAGACGGAGUUAAAGACGUUGAAGAAGUUGUUAAUAAGGAAGGUUACUGGAUGUCACCAUCAAUUUCAGAAUUGAAGAAGAAAUCACUUGUUGAAUUGAAAUCAAUCAAAGGUUUGAAAAUAGGAAGAAAGAAUUAUGGUGAAUUAGAAUUUAUUGAACCAGUUGAUUUAUCAUCAAUGGUUAAUUUUGAAGAUAUUUUAGGUAAAUUGAUUAUAUUUUGCGAUCACAAUUGUAUUAUAUACCCUGAUGAUAAUAAACCUAAACCAGGAGAAGGAUUGAAUUUACCAGCCAAAAUUACAUUGGAGGGAUGUUAUCCAACUAAUAGAGCAGACAAAUUACCAAUAGUUGAUCCAAAGAGUGAAGCUGUUAAAGCUCAUGUUGAAGUAUUGAAAACUAUGGAAGGUAUGAAAUUUAUUAGUUAUGAUCCUACAAAUGGUAAUUGGACUUUUGAAGUUAAAGAAGUUGAUUAA